ACCAGUGCAAGACCAUGUCUUUGUUCUUCCCUGACGUGAUGGGCGAGAACGACGACGAUAAUAGCGAACUCAGCGAUCAGACGAGGUUUCUCACCAAGGGAGCCUUCCUUCUGACACCAUCGCACGAUCUGAGUUUAGACAAGGCCGCCAACAUUUGCGAUAAACUCAACUUUCGGGGAAGUUUCAGUCUGACCAAGACCGCAACGGGGAUCCUCUUCAAGUUCUCCGAUCCGGAAGAUUUCCAGCAGGUUUUUCGCAAAGGUUUUCAUAGAGUAACCGGCGGACGAUUGUAUAGAAAAGUCAACAUUCCGUGUCGGCCGCAGAAAACCUUCUCAUUGUUGGUGCACGAGGUGCCAAUUGACUUACCCGAAGAUGACAUCCGGGCAAGUCUAUACAGAUACUCCUCAGUGGUAGAAGUGACGCGAAUGUCUCCAAAAAUCGACCAACCCCCUGGUACCCCCAAUCCAAUUCGGGUGACCGUAGCCUCCUUAGACGAGUACAACCAACUCCUCCAACAAGGAUUAGAUUUUUACGGAGCGACGUAUUUUCCUACCGAGCCGUUAAAAAAAGACCAACUAAGAGGAAGCAAAGAGAAGCUGUUGCCGGUCUUCGAUUCGGCUGGUUUUACAAGAUUACCGACACCGGCAAGUCGUCUUUUGAAACCGUCACGACCAUGAGAUGCGCACGUUUUAACUACUGUUGUAUCAAUGCACCUUAAAAAAUAAACCAUUUAUUGCUACAUAAUCCUCGCAUAUUAAAAAUAAUGAGGCCACAACUAACAAUGAAAACUCGACGAAUACGAAUCGGGCUCGAGAAAAGCGUAACUUAAUCUUUUAAUUAUAAUUUGAAUAAUGAGCCGACUUGAGAGGCCGGCCAAAUUUAUACAGGUU